UCUUCUUCUUUUAAAAAAACUCAUUUUUCUGCAAAAAAAAAAGGUUUUGUGGUGAAAAAAAUGGCGUCUACAAGUGCUUUCACAGCUGGAAUUUCAAAUCUUCAUAGCUUCAACAAACCGUGUCCUAGUGCAAAUCAAGUUGGUAUGUGGACUUUAUCAAGAUCCGGCUAUCGAAAGGGUUUAGAUAAUCCCAGACCUCUGCAAAUAUGUUCUCUGUUUGGAGGAAAAAAGGACAAUAAUGAGCAGAACAAUGAUGCUCCUUCAAAGGCAGGUCUUUUUGGCAACAUGCAAAACUUAUACGAGACGGUGAAGAAGGCACAAAAUGUGGUUCAAGUUGAGGCAGUGCGAGUACAAAAAGAGCUUGCUUUAGCAGAGUUUGAUGGAUACUGUGAAGGUGAACUAAUCAAGGUAACGCUAUCUGGGAAUCAGCAACCGAUACGUACCGAAAUUACUGAGGCUGCCAUGGCAUUAGGCCCAGAAAAACUCUCACUCCUGAUUACAGAGGCAUACAAGGAUGCACAUCAGAAAAGUGUACUGGCAAUGAAGGAAAGAAUGAGUGAUCUUGCUCAGAGCUUGGGAAUGCCAGCAGGCCUUGGUGAAGGAUUCAAGCAGUAACAUCGCUCCACUUAGUUUCAAAUUUGUACACUACCAGACACAAGUUUUUUUACAUUAAAAUUAUGAAUACAAUUUUUAUCAUAUUGUAGUUUAUUGUAAGAUUAUGUACUCAAAGCUUUUGGAUUGAAAGUUUAAAUUCUUUUAUAGUGAAAUAGAAUUAUCAAAGAGUUGAAUCAUCA